GAAGYAGUCGGACCACAAUCAACGUCGCACAGCGUGAUGGAGUUGUUCUUGGAGCGGUCCAGGCUUUUACUGAGAAAAGUUAAAGGUUUGAGGAUUUUGAUCCCUCACCGGAAUCGAUACAAAGAGAAAUGGGCUGCUACACGCCCCAAGUACCCUGCCACCACGCUGGCCCUGCAGCACUUUGAUGACAGGUACGGCUCUGAGCUGGGACCGCUGUGGCCAUCGGUCCGAGUCGCCCUGCUGUCAGAGAAGAAGUACGGAGCCCUGCUCAAUAUUUUCUGUAGUGAUGCCAGCCUGGAAGAACUCCAAGCCCAGGGAUGCAGAGACUUCAUCCAAGAUAAGGAGGCCCAGACACCAUUUGAGCACACCUCGGAUGGAGGAGCUCAAAAUGAAUCCAGCCAUGUUUCACCGACAGAAGCAGAGGCUGAAAGUCUGCAACCACCUCCUCCUCAGUUCAGCCCAAACUUACAGUGCUUCGUGUUCCAGAGAGGAGAUAUCACACGGUUCAAGCCUCCCAAACCGGACCAGUUCGGCCUGUUGGGUUAUUACCUGAUGGAUGCAGCGUCCGUGUUGCCUUGUCUUGCACUAGACGUUAAAAAGGGUGACGCGGUGCUCGACCUCUGUGCUGCUCCCGGUGGUAAGAGCCUGGUUUUACUUCAGACCCAGGUGAUGAUGAGUGCCGGCUUUAUAUGUGUCAACGACUUGUCAGCGUCCCGAAUCAAGCGGCUGAAACAAGUCCUCCACAGCUACAUCCCCAAGCAGUUUCUGACAGACAACAAGCUUCGCGUCACCAAUGUUGACGGCACCUUGUGGGGAGAUGAAGAGAGGAGCUCCUUUGACAAAGUGCUUGUUGACGUUCCCUGCACCACAGACAGACACUCGCUGAUGGAAGACGACAACAACAUCUUCAGUAAGAGCAGGACUGGGGAGAGGCGAAUGCUCCCGCAGCUGCAGCUGCAGCUGCUCCUGUCGGGAAUCCAAACAACCUGUCCUGGUGGUGAGAUUGUUUAUUCCACCUGCACGCUCUGUCAGAACCAGAACCAGAGCGUGGUGGAAAAAGCCAUACAUCUGGCUGAAGAGAAUCACAACAUCCAGCUUGAG